AUGUCGUCCCUUCUGAGGGAGGAGAUGCAGAGAGUUUUAUUCCGACCUGAAAGACAAAGACUGGUGGAGUUUAUAGAGAUUGAGGAGCCGUCACAAGGAAGACAUUUCCUCUGUGUGUCAGUGGCACAGAACAAGGAGGUGCAGCUGUGCAUCGUGAGAUGUAAGAAGUCUCAGUCAUUGUCAGUGUCGGGAUCCAAGAAGUCCCACACCAAGCGCUCCAGUUUUCAGGAAUCCUACAGGAAGACAGAGAUCUGGUCGCUCCAAGACCUUACUCUUGUGGACGGACGGGACCCCGAUGUGGAUGACCCCUGCUUCCUGCUGCAUUUUGACAAGGUGCGUUCAGUGACGGCCAUCAGCUCGUCUGCCAAAUACACCCUGGUGCGUGCGCUGGUCGCCCUGAGUGACCAGCACUGUCAGAGGUUGCUGAACCUGAGGAACUUUGACUGGGCCUACAUCAAGCCCACCUCCUUCUACCUCAACAGAGGAGACUGUGUUGUCCUAAUGCAGGUCUGCUUCUAUGCAUUCAACCUGGUGUGUCUGUCCAUGUGCCCUGUGCCCCUGGACUGAGAACUGAAUGACGUAGUAUCUGUAUGUGGUGUGGUGUGUGUGUGUGUGUGUGUGUGUGU